CUACUCUCCCUCAAUCUCCCUUACUCUCUAUUUCCCUCUCACUGUCUAAGUCGGUGCUCCGUCUCUCUCUCUCUCUGCCUCUCUCUCUCUCUCCGUUCUGCUGAGAAGGGGAGUGGCAGUAACCCUAUACCUGACGGUCUGGCGCGCGCGUCUCUAACAGGCUAAACUGCCCUGUCGGGUGCAAAGGGUUCCGUCUGUCAUUCGGAGAGAGCCUCAGUCCGAGCUGCUCUGUCAUCAGAACUCCCCCCCCCCCCACGGGAAACGGACCGCAGAGAGGAGGGAGAAGAACGAGGGAAGGACGAUACGAAGAAAGAAGGAGAGAAGAAGCAGAAGGAGAGAAAGAACAGCUACGGGAAGAGAACAAACUUGCUUCGCGAGCUGAAAGAAGAGAGAGUCUCUCUCUCUCUCUCUCCCUCUCACUCUGCCUGGAUGCUGCGACCGCAGACAGAUUGACACAGUUUUGGGGAACCACAUCCCCACCCCCUCUUUUUUUUUGGAGAUGUCCUCUGAGGAGCUCUGGAGCGGCGGCGGCGGCGGUGGCGUGGUGGCCCGGAACGUUCCGGAGCACGGCGAGGACCAGGACGGGGUGAUGCUGGGGCGCAUCAGCAGCCUGCCCCUGGCCCUGUCCUCCGCCAACGACUUUCGCGGGAAGUUUAAAAAGAUCCACUCCAAGCGCCGGCCCUCCAUCCUGGACGGGGAAACGUCGCCGGUCGGAAACGGGUACAGCAAGCCGCCGCCGCCCCCCGCCUCCGUCGCCCCGGGAGACCGCAGAGGACCGGCAGCCAUGACGACCGUCGCCGUGGACCCCGAGAGCAAGCCGGGCGAGUACGUGCUCAAGAGCCUCUUCGCCAACUUCACCGGCGUGUCCGAGCGCAAGAUCCGCAUCAUCAUGGCCGAGCCGCUGGAAAAGCCACUGACAAAAUCCUUGCAACGGGGGGAGGACCCACAGUUUGACCAGCUGAUCAGCACCAUGAGCUCCCUGGCGGAGUACUGCCUCCCCUCCAUCUUGCGCACGCUGUUCGACUGGUACAAGAGACAGAACGGCAUGGAGGACGAGUCGCACGAGUACAGGCCCAGAGCCAACACCAAGUCCAAAAAUGAUGAGCAGCAGAAGGAUUAUCUACUUGAAAGGAGGGAUCUGGCAAUUGAUUUCAUAUUCUCUCUAGUGCUUAUAGAGGUUUUGAAACAGAUCCCACUCCACCCGCUCCUCGACAGCCUGAUUCAGGAGGUCAUUAACCUGGCAUUCAGACACUUUAAAUACAGAGAGGGGUACCUCGGUCCCAACACUGGGAACAUGCACAUAGUGGCCGACCUGUACGCUGAAGUCGUUGGAGUCGUGGCUCAGUCCAGGUUCCCGGCGGUGAAGAAGAAGUUCAUGGCGGAGCUGAAGGACGUGCGGCACAAGGAGCAGACGCCCUACGUGGUGCAGAGCACCAUCAGCCUCAUCAUGGGCGUCAAGUUCUUCCGCAUCAAGAUGUACCCCGUGGAGGACUUCGAGGCCUCCUUCCAGUUCAUGCAGGAAUGUGCCCAGUAUUUUCUGGAGGUCAAAGACAAGGACAUUAAGCACUCUCUGGCCGGACUGUUUGUGGAGAUCCUAGUUCCAGUAGCAGCGGCGGUGAAGAACGAGGUGAACGUGCCCUGUCUGAGGAACUUCGUGGAGACCUUGUAUGACACCACUCUGGACCUGUCCUCCAGGAAGAAGCACUCUCUGGUGAGUCGUCCUGCCUACCUCUGUCAUCUCUGUGUCUCCAGGGGGCUGCUGGGUAAAAUAACCAGAGCUUUUUUUUUUUUUUUUUUCUUCCAGAACAAAGACCCCAAAAUGGCCAGAGUGGCGCUGGAGUCCCUGUACCGCCUCCUGUGGGUCUACAUGAUCCGGAUCAAAUGUGAGAGCAACACCGGAACCCAGAGCCGCCUCAACACCAUCAUCACCACCCUGUUCCCCAAGGGGUCCCGCAGUGUGGUGCCCCGAGACAUGCCCCUCAACAUCUUCGUCAAGAUCAUCCAGUUCAUCGCACAGGAAAGACUGGAUUUUGCAAUGAAAGAGAUCCUCUUUGACCUGCUGUCUGUAGGAAAGCCAGCAAAAGCCUUCAGUCUUAAUCCAGAGAGGAUGAACAUCGGCCUGCGGGCCUUCCUGGUCAUCGCGGACAACCUGCAGCAGAAGGACGGGGAGCCGCCCAUGCCCAACACGGGCGCCACACUGCCUUCUGGGAACACGCUGAAGAAGAAGAGGACCUUCCUCAGCAAGACGCUGACCGAGGAGGAGGCCAAGCUCAUCGGUAUGGCCCUGUACUACUCACAGGUGCGGAAGGCCUUGGACCACAUCCUCAGACACCUGGACAAGGAGGUGGGCCGCUGCAUGAUGAAGACCAGCCUGCAGAUGCUGAACAAGGAGCCGGAGGACAUGAUCACGGGGGAGAGGAAGCCGAAGAUCGAUCUCUUCAGGACGUGUGUGGCUGCUAUCCCUCGGAUCCUGCCGGACGGCAUGUCCAAACUGGAACUGAUCGACCUGCUGUCACGCCUGACGAUCCACAUGGACGACGAGCUGCGUCUGAUCGCGCAGAACUCCCUGCAGAGCCUGCUGGUGGACCUGUGGGACUGGCGGGAGGACGUCCUGUUCGGCUUCACCAGCUUCCUGCUGCGGGAGGGGCAGGACACGCACCCCGGCCUGCUGGACUCCGCCCUCCGCCUCCUCCUGCAGCUGCUCACGCAGUGGAGGCUGACCCUGCAGGGCACCACCAAGAGCCGCUCCCACGAGCGGAUGUCUCCCGAGCGCAGUCACUGCGCAGUCCUGCACGCCGUGGAGGGCCUGGCGCUGGUGCUGCUCUGCUCCUGCCUGCCCAUCACCCGCAAGCUGGCCGUCGCCAUCCUGCGGGAGAUCCGCCUCCUCUUCACCGCCAUCGGGCAGCCCGAGGAUGAUGAUAAGCCCAUGAUUGAGGUGAUGGAUCAGCUGAGCUCUGCUGUUCUGGAGAGCUUCGUACACGUGGCCGUCUCUGACACGGCGACGCUGCCCCUCGGGCACCACGUGGACCUGCAGUGGCUGGUGGAGUGGAGCGCCAAGCUGGUCAACAGCCACUACGACGUCAAGAGCCCCUCCCACGUGUGGAUCUUCGCCCAAUCGGUGAAGGACCCCUGGGUGCUGUGCCUGUACAGCUUCCUGCGGCAGGAGAACCUGCCCAAGCACUGCCCCACCGCGCUCAGCUACGCCUGGCCCUACGCCUUCACCCGCCUGCAGCUGCUCAUGCCCCUGGUGGACCCCAAUAACCCGGCUAACGCCAAGAAGACGAGCACGGCAGGCACGUGGGACGGGUACGUGACCCUGUGGAGGAACUACCUGAUCCUCUGUUUCGGCGUGGCCAAACCCAGCAUCAUGAGCUCGGGCCACCUGAGGGCGUCCACGCCCGAAAUCACCGCCACCACCCCCGACGGCAGCGUCAGCUACGACAACAAGGUGAUCGGGACGCCCUCCAUAGCCUGGCUCCUGAAACAACUGGUCCCCUUGAUGAGAUCAGAGAGCAUCGAGAUCACCGAGGCCCUGGUGCUGGGGUUCGGACGCACCAACGCCCUGGUCUUCAGGGAGCUAGUGGAGGAGCUGCAUCCCCUGAUGAAGGAAGCCUUGGAACGAAGACCAGAGAAUAAGAAGCGCAGGGAGAGGAGGGACCUGCUCCGGCUGCAGCUGCUGCGCAUCUUUGAGCUGCUGGCCGACGCUGGAGUCAUCAGCGACAGCACUAACGGGGCUCUGGAGCGGGACACCCUCGCUCUGGGGGCGCUCUUCCUGGAGUACGUGGACCUGACCCGGAUGCUGCUGGAGGCGGAGAACGAUAAGGACGUGGAGGUGCUGAAGGACAUCCGGGCCCACUUCAGCGCCAUGGUGGCCAACCUCAUCCAGUGUGUGCCCGUCCACCACCGUCGCUUCCUCUUCCCCCAGCAGAGCCUUCGUCACCACCUCUUCAUCCUCUUCAGCCAGUGGGCGGGGCCUUUCAGCGUCAUGUUCACCCCGCUGGACCGCUACAGCGACCGGAACCACCAGAUCACGCGAUACCAGUACUGCGCUCUCAAGGCCAUGUCGGCGGUGCUGUGCUGUGGGCCCGUGUUCGAUAACGUGGGCCUCUCUCCGGACGGGUACCUCUACAAGUGGCUGGACAACAUCCUGGCCUGUCACGACCUGCGGGUCCACCGGCUGGGCUGUGAGGUGGUGAUCCUGCUGCUGGAGCUGAACCCCGACCAGGUCAACCUGUUCAACUGGGCCGUGGACCGCUGCUUCACCGGGUCCUACCAGCUCGCCUCCGGCUGCUUCAAGGCCAUCGCCACGGUCUGCGGGAGCAGAAACUACCCCUGUGACAUAGUGACGCUCCUGAAUUUGGUGCUCUUCAAGUCCUCCGACACCAACAGGGAAAUCUACGAGAUCUCCAUGCAGCUCAUGCAGAUCCUGGAGGCGAAGUUGGCGGUAUACUCUAAGAAGACGGCGGAGCAGAAGACCAGCAGCAUCCUCUACGGCACGCACGGCCCCCUGCCCCCCCUCUACAGCGUCUCCCUCUCACAGCUGUCCAAUCAGCUGGCCCGGAUGUACCCCGAGCUCACGCUGCCACUGUUCUCUGAGGUGAGCCAGCGCUUCCCCACCACGCACCCUAACGGGCGGCAGAUCAUGCUGACCUACCUGCUGCCCUGGCUGCACAACAUCGAGCUGGUGGACAGCGGGCUGCUGCCCCCGGCCUCCAGCCCCUGCACCCCGGAGGAGGAGGCCCGGGAGAGGGCCGACAGCCUGGGCCUGUCCCACCCGCUGAAGGGCAGCGGCUGGGGCUCCCUGCAGGCCACCUCCCUGGUGCUCAACAACCUCAUGUUCAUGACCGCCAAGUACGGUGAUGAGCUGCCGGGGCCGGAGAUGGAGAACGCCUGGAACGCACUGGUCAGCAACGACAAGUGGAGCAACAACCUGCGCACGUCGCUGCAGUUCCUCAUCAGCCUGUGCGGCGUGAGCAGCGACACCGCGCUGCUGCCUUACGUGAAGAAGGUGGUGAUCUACCUGUGCCGGAACAACACCAUCCAGACCAUGGAGGAGCUGCUGUUUGAGCUGCAGCAGACCGACCCCGUCAACCCCGUGGUGCUGCACUGUGACAACGCCCCCUUCUACCGGUUCGCCCCCAGCAACAAGACCUCCGCCGCCGCCUCUGGUACGUCCUCGAGUAGUAAUACGUUGGUAGCUGGCCAGGAGAGUUUCCCGGAUGUAGAGGAAUCUAAGGCGGCCAGAGAGACAGAGGAGAGGCGAAGCAACGUUACCCGGGCCCAUAACAGACUUGAAUCCCGCUACAGCAACAGCUCUGGGGGCUCCUAUGACGAGGAGAAGAGUGACCCACUGCCGCCCUACACCGGUUGGCUGAUGAACGUGCUGGAGACCAAUCAGCCGCAGCCCCUGCCCAUGCCCAUAACUGGGGGCUGCUGGGCCCCCCUGGUGGACUACCUGCCCGAAACCAUCACCCCUCGAGGGCCCCUGCACAGGUGUAACAUCGCGGUGAUCUUCAUGACUGAGAUGGUGGUGGAUCACAGCGUGAGAGAGGACUGGGCACUACACCUGCCCCUGCUGCUGCACGCUCUCUUCCUGGGUCUGGAUCACUACCGGCCGGAGGUGUUCGAACACAGCAAACGCCUCCUCCUGCACCUCCUCCUCACGCUCUCCUGCAACAACAACUUCCAGGUCAUCGCUUCCGUCCUACUGCUCACCAGGGAGAUGAGCGACAACAAGGCCCUGACUGUCAAAUCCAGCUAUCAGCCUGAAUACCUGUACACAGGGGGCUUUGACUUCCUGCGGGAGUGCCAGGCCUCCCCGGUGGCGGACUCGGGCCUCAGCUCCUCCUCCACCUCCUCCAGCGUCAGCCUGGGCAGCAGCAGCGGGAACCUCCCCCAGAUCUCCCUGGAGCUGGAGGAGCUGGAGGAGUCCUCCACAGAGGCCGAGGAGAAGACCAACAAGCUCAUCGAGUUCCUCACCACCAGGGCGUUUGGACCCCUGUGGUGCCACGAGGACAUCACUCCCAAGAACCCGAACUCCAAGAGUGCCGAGCAGCUGGCCAACUUCCUGCGCCACGUGGUCUCUGUGUUCAAGGAGUCCAAGUCAGACUUCCACCUGGAGGCGCAGCUGAGCGACGUGGCCCUGCAGACGGCCCUCUGCAGCUCGUCCCGCCACUACGCCGGGCGCUCCUUCCAGAUGUUCCGCGCGCUCCGCCAGCCCCUCUCCGCCCACGCCGUGUCCGACCUGCUGUCCCGCCUGGUGGAGGUGGUGGGCGAGCACGGGGACGAGGUGCAGGGGUACGUGAUGGAGGUGCUGCUCACCCUGGAGUCCGUGGUGGAGAAUCUGGCUGAAUGUCUGAAGAACAGCGACCUGAUGGCUGCUCUAACCAGGGCCUCGUCGCCGGACUUCCUGACCAAUGGGAAGCUGACGUCCAACAGGAAGAGCACGGGGCAGCUGAACCUGCCAGGAGGGGGCAGCACCGCCGAGCGCAGCCGCCACCAGAGGAGCUACUCCGUCCCCAAAAAGUUCGGGGAGAGCGGGGACCGGUCGUCGGACCCGCCCCGCAGCGCCACCCUGGACCGCAUCCAGGCCUGCACCCAGCCGCCCGGGAUGGGGCGGAGCACCCGCAGCUCCUCCUCCUCCUCCCGGGACAACAGCGGGGGCGGGGCCACGGACCCCGCCCACGACCCCGCCCACUCGGGCCACCCGGCCAACCUGCUGGCCACCAUCUUCUGGGUGGCGGUGUCGCUGAUGGAGUCGGACUUCGAGUUCGAGUACCAGAUGUCCCUGCGGCUGGUCCAUCGGCUGCUGGCGCGGGUUCCCCUGGACCGGCCGGAGAACCGGGAGCGGCUGGAGAAGCUGCAGGCCCAGCUGCGCUGGAGCGGGUUCUCCGGGCUGCAGCAGCUGCUGCUCAAGGGCUUCACCUCGCCCGCCACCACCGACCUCACGCUGCAGCUCUUCUGCCAGCUCACGCCCGUCUCCCGCGUGCCCGUGGUCGACACCUCGCAGGCCAUCGGCUUCCCGCUGAACGUGCUCUGUCUGCUCCCGCACCUGGUCCAGAACUUCGACUGCCCCACCCAGUUCUGCAAGGAGAGCGCUGAGAGGAUCGCGCAGGUGUGCCUGGAGGAGAAGAACACCAAGCUGUCUCACCUGGCCCAUGUGAUGACGCUGUAUAAGACCCACUCCUACACCCGGGACAGCUUCUCCUGGGUCAGCGUGGUGUGCCGCUACCUGCACGAGGCCUUCGCCGACAUCACCCUCAGCAUGGUCACCUACAUGGCCGAGCUGUUGGACAAAGGCCUUCCCAGCAUGCAGCAGUCCCUCCUGCAGAUUAUCUACAGCUUGCUGAGUCACAUGGACCUCAGCGGCAUCCAGUUCAAGCCCUUCAAUGCUGAGGUGCUCAAAACCAUCGAGAAGUUUGUCCAGACUGUACACUGGAAGGAGGCCCUGAACAUCAUGAAGCUGGUGGUGUCGCGUUCGGCCAGCCUGGUCCUGCCCUCCUAUCCCCAUGGCGACCUGUCCCACAUGGAGGUGAGCCGCGUGUGGGACGGCUCCUCGAAGGCCCUGCCCGGGAAGACCCUGGACUUCCACUUCGACAUCUCUGAGACUCCGGUGAUUGGCCGGCGGUACGAUGACCUGCAGGGCUCGGCGGGGCGGGACGGUAAGACGCGCGCCAUCGCCGUCACCCGCAGCACCUCCUCGGGCUCGUCCGGCUCCACCUCCAACAACGUCCUGGUGCCCGUCAGCUGGAAGAGGCCGCUGUCCUCACAGAAAAGGACACGGGAAAAACUCGUCAAUGUGCUGUCGUUGUGCGGACAGGAAGUGGGACUCACCAAAAACCCGUCGGUGAUCUUCUCCUCCUGCGGGGAUCUGGACCUGAUGGAGCACCAGCCCAGCCUGGUGUCGUCGGAGGACGGCGGCAGGGAGCCGGAGAACAUGGACGACACCGCCUCCGAGCAGCAGUUCCGCGUCUUCCGCGACUUUGACUUCCUGGACGUGGAGCUGGAGGACGGGGAGGGGGAGAGUGUGGAUAACUUUAACUGGGGGGUGCGGCGUCGCUCCCUGGACAGUGCAGACCUGCUGCAGGAGCUCCUGGAGGAGAGUCAGCACUCAGACACCACGCCCAGCCUCGCUAAGGACUCCGAUGAGUCAUCGGAGGAGGAGUCUCUCACUGCUAGUCAGACCAUGAACCUCUCUCCCUCCGAGGAGACCAAUAACACGGACUCCCUCUCCACGUCCUUCGACACGACCUCGGCCGACCCCCACUCCCUGAACGCCCGGACCCCCAGCUUCGAGGCGUCCCAGCCGGAGGACCCCGCCCAGCGGGCUGAGGUUUUGGCUGAGGACGAGGACACUAACGUCCACGAGGACGACCUGUCCCUCUCCGCCAACGACCUGCCGGCGGGGUUUGACUGCAGCGACAGCUUCUCGCUGGAGGCGGAGCACAGGGAACAGAGGGCGGAGCUUGACCUGGACCCACAAUGCCUGCCCAGCCCGGGAGAGGAGAGGGAGGAGCUCCAGGAGUCCCGCCGGUCCCCGCCCCCCUCGCCCUUCUUCUCCGCCAUCCUGGCGGCGUUCCAGCCCGCCGCGUGUGACGACGCCGAGGAGGCGUGGCGGUGCCACCUCAGCCAGCUGGUGUCCGACUCGGACGGGUCCUGCGCCGUCUACACCUUCCACGUCUUCUCCUCCCUCUUCCAGAACAUCCAGAACAAAUUCUGCUCCUUGACCCACGACGCUGCCUGUUACCUUGGCGACGGUCUCCGAGGCAUCGGCUCCAAGUUUGUGAGCUCGUCCCAGAUGCUGACGACCUGCUCGGAGUGCCCCACCCUCUACGUGGAUGCAGACACCAUCCUCUCUUAUGGGCUCCUGGAAAAGAUGAAGUUCAGCGUGCUGGAGCUGCAGGAGUACCUGGACACGUACAACAACCGGGAGGAAGCCGCCAUCUCCUGGCUGCGGAACUGCAAGACCACCUUCCCGAGGGGCUCGGGGAUCGGGGUGAUCACCUGCCAGCCGGGGGACUCCGAGGAGAAGCAACUGGAGUUGUGUCAACGCCUCUACAAGCUCCACUUUCAGCUGCUGUUGCUGUUUCAGUCCUACUGUAAGCUGAUUGGUCAGGUCCACGCCAUCAGCUCCGUCCCAGAGCUCCUGAACAUGUCCCGCGAGCUGAACGAGCUGAAGAGCAGCCUGAGGAUGGCGGCGGUGGCGGUGGUGGGCGGCAGCCUCACCCCCCGCUCGUACCCGCGCACGGCCACGCCCACCUUCGCCACCUCCGAGGCGGCCGUGCAGGCCGUGCUGGAGAGCCUGAGGAAGAGCGAGUUCGCCGCCGCCAUCCGCCACAUCCGCGAGUGCAGGACGGUGUGGCCCAACGACAUCUUCGGGAGCCCGUCGGAGGACGAGGUGCAGACGCUGCUGAACAUCUACUUCCGGCAGCAGAGCCUGGGGCAGACGGGCUCCUUCGCGCUGGUGGGCUCGCGCCAGGACCUGUCCGACAUCUGCGCCAAGCUGAUGGAGCUCAACGGCGAGAUCCGUCACAUGACCCGCCGCGCCCAGGCCUACCGCGUGGUCACCGCCGCCGCCGCCUUCCUCCCGGACUCCAGCGCGUCCGGCGCCGGCCUCUGACAGGAGGAGGAGUUCACCUGGCCCCCGCCCCCGUCCCCCUGCUCGCCCCCGCCCUCGCCCCUCUUCUAGCCCCGCCCCCUGCCCUCGCCCCUGUUCUAUCCCCGCCCCCCGCCCCCGUCCUCACCCCUGUUCUAGC